ACUCGUUGAAGACACUCAGAGCGCGGUAGGGCUGCGUAGAGUGAGAACGUCGUGGAGGCUACGUGGUAGAUCGCACGGAAGCAGCAGCGUGGCAAUAGGUGAUCAGGCUUGUAUUUGAGGUAGUGGUUUGUGGCGCACCAAGCCUGUACUCAGCCUGCUAUUGGCAGCACUCAAGAUCAGGAGCGAGGACGAGGUCUCCAUUUCAUACUAGACACAUCCAUGGCUCUGUGCAACGGGGAUGCCAAGCUGGAUAUUGGCGCAGAGGGCAAAGAUGGCUCGUUGCACUGUGAGGGUGCAGUGGUGAUCCUGGACGCUGGGGCACAGUAUGGGAAGGUGAUCGACCGACGUGUGCGAGAGCUGUGUGUCCAGUCCGAGAUUUUGCCUCUGGAAACCCCAGCCUUUGCCAUCAGGGAACAGGGCUUCAGGGCCAUCAUUAUCUCUGGUGGGCCAAACUCAGUCUAUGCUGAAGAUGCCCCGUGGUUUGACCCUGCCAUAUUCACCAUUGGUAAACCUGUCCUGGGCAUCUGUUAUGGCAUGCAGAUGAUGAACAAAGUUUUUGGUGGCACUGUCCACAGAAAGAGUGUACGAGAAGAUGGUGUGUUCAGCAUCAGUCUAGACAACUCCUGCUCUCUUUUCAGGGGACUUCAGAAAGAAGAGAUGGUCCUGCUGACUCAUGGGGACAGUGUGGAUAAAGUUGCAGAUGGGUUUAAAAUUGUGGCCCAGUCUGGGAAUAUCAUUGCAGGCAUUGCCAGUGAGCAGAAGAAACUCUAUGGCACACAGUUUCACCCCGAGGUUGACCUUACGGAGCGGGGCAUGGAUAUGAUACGCAAUUUUCUGUUUGAGAUUGCCGGCUGCACCACUAACUUUACUGUUCAGAACCGCCAACAGAACUGUAUCCGUGAGAUACGUGAGAAGGUGGACAACUCCAAAGUUUUGGUGUUGUUGAGUGGAGGCGUGGACUCUACUGUGUGUACAGCCCUGCUGAACAAAGCUCUUAACCAGGAGCAGGUGAUUGCUGUUCACAUUGACAAUGGUUUCAUGAGGAAGAGAGAGAGCCAAAGUGUGGAGGAAGCCCUCACCAAACUUGGCAUCAAAGUCAAAGUGGUGAAUGCAGCACACACUUUCUACAAUGGUACGACGACCUUGCCCAUUUCUGAAGAGGACAGGACCCCCAGGAAACGCAUCAGCAAAACCCUGAACAUGACAACCAAUCCGGAAGAGAAGAGGAAGAUCAUUGGAGACACUUUUGUGAAGGUGGCAAACGAGGUGAUUGGUGAGAUGAAUCUGAAACCAGAAGAUGUGUAUCUGGCCCAAGGAACACUCAGACCAGACCUGAUCGAGAGUGCAUCCCAUCUGGCCAGUGGCAAGGCUGAGGUCAUCAAAACGCAUCACAACGACACAGAACUCAUCCGCAAACUCCGAGAUGAGGGAAAGGUAAUCGAACCAUUGAAAGAUUUCCAUAAGGAUGAGGUGCGUGCACUGGGGCGAGAACUGGGGCUCCCAGAGGAGAUAGUCUCUCGACAUCCCUUUCCUGGCCCAGGACUUUCCAUCAGGGUCAUCUGUGCAGAGGAGCCAUAUAUCUGCAAAGACUUUGCAGAGACCAACAACAUCUUGAAGAUCAUCACAGAUUUCUCUGCCAGUGUCAAAAAGCCGCACACUCUGCUCCAGAGAGUGAAGUCAUGCAUAUCAGAUGAGGAAGAGGAGAAGCUUAUGCAGAUCACUAGCCUUCAUUCACUCAAUGCCUUCUUACUGCCAAUCAAAACUGUGGGUGUCCAGGGAGACUCGCGGUCGUACAGCUAUGUGUGUGGGGUGAGCAGUAAAGAGGCUCCGCACUGGGAAUCAUUACUCUUUCUAGCCAGACUGAUCCCACGCAUAUGUCAUUCCAUCAACAGAGUGGUGUUUGUCUUUGGGUCACAAGUGAAGGAGCCACCCAUUGACAUCACACCCACCUUCCUGACCACAGGUGUCCUGAGCACACUCAGACAGGCUGACUUUGUGGCUCAUUCUAUCCUGAGGGAAUCUGGUUACUCUGGUAAGAUCAGCCAGAUGCCCAUCAUUUUGACACCUCUACACUUCGAUCGUGACCCGCUGCAGAAGCAGCCAUCGUGUCGACGCUCUGUGGUCAUCAGAACGUUCAUCACCAGCGACUUCAUGACUGGUAUCCCAGCAAUGCCAGACAACCACAUCCCUGAGGAGGUGGUGCUGAAGAUGGUCAGUGAAAUCAAAAAGAUUCCUGGCAUCUCCAGAGUCAUGUACGACUUGACAUCUAAGCCUCCAGGAACCACGGAGUGGGAGUAGGACCAUCUCCCCCUCCACCUCUCUGCACCCUAUCCCAAAAAUGACCACAUUCCCUCCCCACAAACUGAAAUGUGUAACCCUUACACACAUACCCUGGUCCUGUCAGUGCCCCUCCUCCCCACAAGGCCAGAACAUUCCCAACAACAGCAGGCAGUACUGUGAUCAGCACACACCCUAAGCCGCUACUCUCCAGCCGCCUCUUUUUCUGGGGUUGGUUCUAUUAAUAUCAUCUUUAGUAAUAAUGAUGGGUUUUUUUUGGUUUUUUUAUCAGCUCUCUAAAUGUUUCAGUCUGCUGUGACAGGUUCUAAGAGCUGGGCCUUAGUUGGGAUCAUAUGUAUGUUUUCAGGGCAGUUGACUGUCAGUGUGCCACAUGGAGUGGAGGUUUAACGGAGGGUUCUGCUGCAAGAAAGAGCUUUUAUUUUUUUUCUUGGUUGCCUUUCACCUCUUUCUUCACCCACUAUCUUAUGCGUAGUUGACCUUUGAAAUACUCUGUUAGCAAUCAUUAAAUUUAUCGAGGUUUAUCUGUUUUCAACAUAACACAAGCUACCUGGCAGUAUCCAUUAAUUCAACUAUGAAACAAAGUGAGCCAUCAACAGUUUGAGUUUAUUUGCCAAAUGAAGAGCAGGAGUGGGAGGUCUGGUGAGAUGUGGUCCAUCUCAAUUUUUGUUAGGAGCAUUUACACUGGGAAGCAUGAGCUUUCACAGAGGUGAUGUUCUCUUUGAUGGAAGCCACCAUUUGAGGGGCUUCCUAGAAACGUACCUGUGUUUUUCCUUUUGGAUAUGAUACCAUCCUCAUUUACACACUUCCUCCAAAAGGGCAGUGCUUAAUGCUACUCUUAUGCUGCAAAUUCUGGCUUUAUUGAAAAAGAAAAGGAAACUGAUGUGGACUUGACACUGAACAUGGGGGAGUAGAUGGUAGCUGAACAUAGGUCAUCUGCGUUUUAACAUGAUUAUUCCUCACCCUUCGUGGUUUUCGUCGCUCUGGCAGUUCUUAUGUCAUGUAAGAUGUUUCUUAUGUAAGAACAACUUUUGCACAUCCUCUGAAUUCCCCCUUUUUCCUUUUUUUUUUUUUUUUUUGAAACCUGUGAAGGUCUUGGUGCUUUUCUUCAGCUUACAAAAAGUUUGUGUAUAUGGCAGUGAGAACAGAGGUGGCUUUUGGUCAUGGACUUGGAGGAAGCCUUUUUUCAUCUUGGCCUGGUAACAGAAAGCUUCUGUAAAAACAGCACAGAAACUCUGGACUGUAUUCAUUGGCUAGUGUGAAGGCUGAGUGGAACAGCCUAGGUGCCCAGGGUUUGUUUUGCCCAGCAUCAACACCACCUCUGAUUUAGAUAUGGAUCCAAUGUGUGGUUUAAUGAGGAACAUGUCUGGCAUUUAUCGUCUUUGUCUGUUUCAUUUUUCAGGCCGCUCUUUUUGUCUUGAUUGAGCAAACCAGAAAAGGAGAAAAAAAAAACACCUGUCACUGCAAGAUAAACUUGUUCCUUGUCUUAAUUGCAAAUCUUGUUCAUAAUGUUUCCUGUUUUUGCCUUUUUACAUAUGUUUUACAGUACAUAUGUCUAUUCAUAAACACAACUUCAGAUUAAUUAGAAGUUGAUCUUAGCAGUGGGUUGAACUGCAAUAUAAGAGAAUAUUCAGUUUAAUUUAUGCAAUUCUUUUCUUUAAAAUUAAAAUAUCCUCCUUUUUUCCUUAGUAUUGUGCCUCAAAUCAUGCACCGCAUGCAGUUUCAGAACAGAAAUUUGUAAAAUGAGAAUCAAGCUUUAAUAAAGAGGUCAGUGUACAAAGCGUCCCACUGUUCGCCACUGUAA